AAUUCAAUGUGAAAACAGGGUCAACACAACGCUUUGCACAGUACGAAAUCCCUUCAAAAUGGCUCCAACCUGGAGCAAGUUGCUCCAGAAUGCCUCUCGUCAAGUUAAUGCAAAGAACAUACUUCUCGCCAGUUCGGUGGCCAUUGCAGCACUAGGAACGUUCAAAGCAGUGACAUGGCGUGGUGCUCGUAGCGUUAGUGUUGGAAAGAUACAUUUUAAUGAUGACAAGAAAGGUAGUAAAAAAAGAAGAGCAAGUGUAGAUUACAAAUUUUUCAAGCAACUAUACCACAUUUUGAAAAUCCUUAUCCCAAAAGUUAGGUGCCCUGAGUUUGGUUUUCUUCUCUUGAUUGCCUUUUCCUUGAUCGCAAGAACAUAUUGUGAUGUUUGGAUGAUCUCGAUAACCACACAGACUGAAAGUGAUAUCAUUUCACGAAAUCCGCGAGACUUGGCAAAACAUUUAUUAUCAUGGAUGUCAGCAAUGCCAGCGAUUUCUAUCGUAAAUCAGCUCUUGAAGUAUGGUUUGAACGAGUUGAAGCUUCGUUUUCGCUCAAGACUGACCUUACAUCUGCAGGAACAGUAUUUAAGUGGGUUCACAUACUACAAAAUGAGCAAUUUAGAUAACAGGAUAUCCAAUCCUGACCAACUGUUGACGCAGGACGUGGACAAAUUCUGUUCCAGUGUUGUGGAACUUUAUUCUAAUGUUAGCAAGCCUAUCUUAGAUAUAAUACUUUACGUCAAAAGACUGACGGGAUCUAUCGGAGCUUUGGGACCGGCUGCCAUGAUAGGGUAUUUGGCUCUUUCGGGAGCUGUUCUCACAAGGUUAAGAAAACCCGUGGGGAGAAUGACAAUGCAAGAACAAAUUCUUGAGGGAGAAUUCCGAUAUGUCAAUUCGAGGAUAAUUACAAACAGUGAAGAAAUUGCUUUUUAUCAAGGAAACAAACGAGAAUACAUUACAAUGAAAUCCUCUUUCCAGCAUCUCGUCGACCACUUGAGGAACUUCUUAAACUUCAGAUUCAACGUUGGGAUUAUCGACAACAUUAUUGCCAAAUAUUUUGCCACCGUCAUCGGAUUUCUGGUUGUAAGUAGGAGUUUCAUGGACACCUCAGACCAAAGAAGAAUGCAAAUGACCCAUAGUGAGAUUAUGGAAGAUUAUUACAAAACGGGACGAAUGAUGGUAAAAAUGGCGGAAGCGAUUGGAAGGCUAGUUUUAUCUGGCAGGGAGAUGACACGUCUUGCAGGGUUUACACAGCGAGUCACAGAGAUCAUGGAGGUUCUUGAUGAUCUACAGAAAGGAAAAUAUAAAACUUCGACAGUCAGCAACGAGGAAAGCAAAAGUAAAUUUGAUUAUACCAAUGGAAAAGGCGAAGUCAUUGAGCGGGACCACAUAAUAAGAUUUGAAAAUGUGCCUCUCGUUACACCAAACGGAGAUUGCCUUGUUUCUGAAAUUUCAUUCGAGGUUAAAUCUGGCGUUAAUGUCCUUGUUUGUGGGCCAAAUGGUUGUGGCAAGAGUUCAUUGUUCAGAGUUCUUGGCGAGCUCUGGCCAUUAUUUGGUGGACGUUUAAUCAAACCUCACCGUUCAAAACUCUUCUACAUUCCACAAAGGCCGUACAUGACAAUGGGGACACUGCGAGAUCAAGUUAUUUAUCCUGACACAAAAGAAGAUAUGAAGAAGAAAGGGUAUUCAGAUGAAGAUUUGGAAGCCUAUCUCAACAAGGUCCAGUUGGAAUAUAUCCUUGAGCGCGAAGGUGGAUGGGAUGUUGUUCAGGAUUGGAUUGACGUUCUAAGUGGUGGUGAAAAGCAGCGUGUUGCUAUGGCACGACUGUUCUAUCACAAGCCGCAGUUUGCAAUUCUUGAUGAAUGCACAAGCGCUGUUAGUGUCGACGUGGAAGGAUUUAUGUAUUCACACUGCAAAGAGGUUGGCAUAACGCUCUUCACUGUGUCACAUAGAAAGUCGCUAUGGCGGCAUCAUGAGUUCGUGUUGUACAUGAAUGGAAGAGGAGGCUUUCAGUUUGAGCCAAUGGACACCUGUGACAUCGACUUUGGCUCAUAAAAUGAAUCACUCCAGUUUUUUUAUCUGACUCUAGAUUUGCUUAUCUAACUUUAGAUUUGUUAAUCUAACUUUAGAUUUGCUAAUCUAACUUUAGAUUUGCUUAUUUCACACUAACACAAGACACCAGUGUAAUUACUGGCCAUAGGACGAAUUUUUUGAGAAUGUGAAUUAUGUUUUUGGUAAAAUUAUUGAACAGGAUUGUAUAGAUACCCAAUAUAGUAUCGUGUGAUUAUAAUCUGUGCAAAGUUUUACGUGCUAAUUAUUGCUGUCUAUUCCACUAGAAUUUUCAAGAAAAUAUUGAAUUUGUUUGAU